AAUAAUGAAUGGCACCCCACUUCACAUUCACCAAAGAGCACCACCCCAACUCAAACCCUUCUUCUAAAGCAAUAAUAAAACCAGGAUAAUGCUCCACACUCUGUCCCUUUUCUCACUCUCUUUCUUCUCACCUUCCUCUCUCCCUCUUUUCUCUUCUCCUCCUUCAUUCUCUUUCUGUUGAAGCUCUAAAAAAUUACCCUUCUUCUCCUCUUGUUGACCUGUGGUCUUAACACAAGACCCACUUCUGGAUCUUCUGGUGUAAAGGUCUUUAAAGUUUGAAGAUUUGUUGAAUUGAGUUGGUGUAUAGUACAGAAGAGGGUGAAAUUUGAAACCCGGAACAUUACUUGCUUCAUCUGAAGCUUAUAGGCUGAACCCUCUUUUUUUUUUUUUUUUUUUUUUUUUUUUUUUUUUUUUUUGGAGAUUUAGUCUAUCGUUGGGUUGUUUUACCGUGGGAAAAGAUGAUGAUGUUUGAUGACAUGGGUUUUUGUGGGGAUUUUGAUAUGUUAUGUGGUCCUGCCCUUGGGGAAGGGGAUAUUGCUGUCAGACCAACUGAACCAGAUCCUGUAGUUGAAGAUGAUUACAGUGAUGAAGAAAUUGAUGUGGAUGAGCUUGAGAAGAGGAUGUGGAGGGACAAAAUGCGUCUCAAGCGAUUGAAAGAACAAACCAAGGCUAAGGAAGGAAUUGAUGCGGCAAAGCAAAGGCAAUCCCAAGAACAGGCAAGGAGGAAAAAGAUGUCAAGAGCUCAAGAUGGAAUACUGAAGUACAUGCUGAAAAUGAUGGAGGUUUGUAAGGCACAAGGGUUUGUCUAUGGUAUAAUUCCUGAGAAAGGAAAACCGGUGACUGGAGCAUCUGACAAUCUUCGUGAAUGGUGGAAGGAUAAGGUUAGGUUUGAUCGGAAUGGUCCGGCUGCCAUAGCCAAGUAUCAAGCAGAUAAUGCAAUUCCAGGAAAGAACGAUGGAUGCAAUUCCAUUGGUCCAACUCCACACACCUUGCAAGAGCUACAGGAUACAACCUUGGGUUCUCUCUUGUCAGCACUUAUGCAGCACUGUGAUCCUCCUCAGAGAAGGUUCCCAUUAGAGAAGGGUGUUCCUCCACCAUGGUGGCCCACUGGGAAAGAAGAAUGGUGGCCUCAAAUUGGUUUACCUAAAGAUCAAGGUCCUCCACCAUACAAGAAACCUCAUGAUCUAAAGAAGGCAUGGAAGGUUGGUGUUCUCACUGCAGUUAUCAAGCAUAUGUCUCCUGAUAUUGCCAAGAUUCGCAAGCUCGUGAGGCAGUCCAAAUGCCUUCAAGAUAAAAUGACAGCCAAGGAAAGUGCAACCUGGCUUGCCAUCAUCAAUCAAGAAGAAGCUUUGGCUCGAGAGCUUUAUCCCGAUUAUUGCCCUCCAUUAUCAUCUGGUGGAGGUAGUGGCUCCUUGGUCAUCAAUGAUUGCAGCGAGUAUGAUGUUGAAGGGGCAGAGGACGAGCCAAACUUUGAUGUGGAGGACCGGAAACCUGAGAAUCUUCAUCCAUCCAAUCUUGGGAUGGAGAGAAUGAGGGGAAGGAUGCCAAUUCAGCAACCUUCUCAUCCAAUCAAGGGAGGGGUUGUCACAAACUUGGAUUUCAUUCGGAAGAGGAAGAUUUCUAGUGACUUCAACAUGGUGAUGGAUCAGAAAAUCUACACUUGUGAACAUCCUCAGUGCCCUUACAGUGAGGUUCGCCUUGGUUUUCAAGACAGGUCUUCUAGGGACAAUCAUCAAUUGAAUUGUCCAUAUAGAAACAAUUCUGCAGAUUAUGGUGGUCCUAAUUUCCAUGCUAAUGAGGUUAAGCCAGUUAUAUUCCCUCAGUCCUUUGUUCAACCCAAUACUACAACUCAGUCUGCAAGUCUUGUUCAACCUUCAUUUGAUCUAACCGGCCUUGGAGUUCCAGAGGAUGGCCAGAAAAUCAUUGGUGACCUAAUGUCAAUCUAUGAUACAAAUGUUCUAGCAAACAAGAAUGGAAGCUCCACUAAUUGUGUACCUAUAGAAAGUCAAAACCUUUCUCAGCACAACAUUCAGCAACAACAAGACAACUUUUUCCCUGGCCAAGGAAUGGUGAUGGAAGGAAACUUCUUUCCACGAGAGGAAGGUCAAUUUGACCGGUUCAAGGCCAUGAACUCUCCUUAUGAUACCAGCCACAACAACAAUAAUAUCCAUUUGAUGUUUGGUUCACCUUGUGAUUUGGCAUCCUUUGAUUUCAAGGAGGACAUACAAGGAGUAGGGAUGGAUACCCUUCACAAACAGCAAGAUGUUUCAAUUUGGUACCAGUGAAAAUGACAAGUGCAAAGUCGUGUACCAAUGACUUCUUAUUGUGUCAUUAUUAAAAGGGGUGCCCUCAUCAUGUGAAACUCCCUUGACUCAAAGGCAGUAACUGCAUUUUUCUUCACAUGUAAUCGUUUAGGUCUAUAGAUAUUUUAUUAUGCUUGGCAAGUCUGGUCUGGUGGUAUAUUAUGGGUUAAUAAAUCAUGGAUGUUCCCUAAUGUAACCAACCCCUGUUGUGUGUUUUUAUAUGUUAGCCCUAUGUUGUUAUUUAAUACAGAUACUAUAUGUACUAUUGUGAUAUAAAUAAAUAUUUUUAUUCCCUCAUGAGUUGUAGUUCCACUAUACAUUCAUGGUUAAGGAAUCUGAAUAUGUGGCCUUGUUAUUAUGGGAAAUUUGGUUUGGUAGAUGAUGGGAAGAGAGAGGUUUGCCUUCUCAUAUGCCAUGCUUAUCUUUUUCCAUAUAAAAUGGACCCCAUUUGGCAGAUGCCAAUUUACAUACAUAUUCAAUUGCGUGAU